AUGGGCAACAUCAUCGGUAAGCCAGCUGGCAAAGUUGACCUUUCUUUCUAUCUUUCAUGGGUCAACAUAUGGCUUUCUUUGCCACCUCCCCAUCUCGACCAAGAUACCACCACCAACCUGACUGUGACUGAACAGGCUGAAAUAUUCCUCCGAGAAGCCUCUUCCCCUCUCCCAAGCUACAACUCACUUAGAUGGGUGGCUUCGUCCUUUCGCCGAUCCCUCGCCAACGGCCAGAUACCCCUCGGUGGAGUCAAUCCUCCCAGCUGCAGCGAGACCAACCUCGCGUCUGGAGAUUACAAUCCCAAUUCAAAUUGUCCUUGCAACGGCCUAUACCCUCUCCCGUCAGACACAGACAUAGCUUCCAUUGCCGAAAGUGCUAAUUGCUCUGCUAUCCAUUAUACCAACCAGGCGCUUCAGACCGUCAUCAAGAGACAGUCCGAAUGGAAUUCGACAUCCCUCUUCACGCCUAGAAACCUCAUCGAAGCAGUAUCCGAAAUCCUCCAGGCCAAUGCCGAUGUCCAAGAUUUCCCAAGCACAUGCCAGGGGCCAGCAGAGGCUACCAACCUUCACGCGAUACGAGCCCCGGAUCGCCGACCCAGUCCCAAAGAUGACACCGUUAAUGUCAUCUGUCGGCAGCUCUACCCCACAGCCGAAGAUGUCAAAUUCUGCACCGAUGCCAAGUACUAUUUCGUGCUCGGCGCCAUCCACAGUGAUACCGCCCACGAUGGCCUGAUCCGCGCCAUUGCCGACGCAGGCAACGAUAUCCUGAUCGCCGAUUACUGCGAGGUAGCGGAUGAAGCAACCCUACAACUUCUGCAGCAAAGCGGCGCAGCCGCAGUAGCAUUCUUGAAGCUAUGCGUGCUAUCGGGACUCUUCUCCGAAUGGGCAUUCGACAACAUGAUGGCAUCGAUGCUACAUUUCAGGGUGUUAGGUUACUACCGCGACCAUGCACGGUGCCGCUUACCAGCCGGUGUUUACGGCAGUCGAAUGACUAGCCUGACCGCGCACCGGUACGUCGACCUAGGGCUAUUCUUUGCCGUGGCGUCUGCCUCUGUGGGAACGAAGGAGCGGGUCAACGAGGCAGAGUACACGCUGUUGAGUAUUGCCUGCACGUUGAUCAACGACCUGGUGGACCUGCGCAGCGAUACUGCACGGAAGCAGCGGGAGAACGUUGUUUUGCGUGGAGUUCGAGGGAAUCUAUGCGAGUAUUUGGAUCGAGUGAUGUUCGAGUGUCUGGAGACCGCUACGCUUGCUGUGCAGACGAAUCGGACGUGUGCGUAUGUCUUGAUGGCGUUUUGUAAUUGGGCGGUUAUGAGCUCGCAUCAUAAGAUGUUUGAGGUAAGUACGCAGGUCUCUGUGGUUGGGAAGGAUGAUGAAUGCUUGUCUCGGUCGAGGGACCAUCGGCAGGCGUAUAGGGGGCUUUUGGAGGCGUUGGCGCCGUUUGGGACUCUUGGGGAGAAGGGCCCUAGCGUAGGGCAGACGCGGGCGGAGUUGGAUUUCAAGUAUGGAGUGUGUCGGUCCUCGUCUACGUUGCAUGCGUCGUGGUUAGCGGAUAUCACGAGAAGUCUUUUGGAGCCGCGGACUUUAAGACGCAUUGUGGAUCUGGUACAUUUUGAGUGGAUGGGGUGCGAGGGUGACGUGGAUUAUUGUCCGUGA